GCUGCGAACGACGAGCUGCUUGCGGCCGCUGAACAGGCUCAGGCGCUUGACAAGGACCUUCAGGUUUCCGUUUCCAAAAUCCUCACUACUGGCCGCAAACUAAGCUCCCCCUCCUUGAGUGCCAGUGAGAGUUUCUUCGAUAUGCCACUCAUUUGCUGUCCUGUUGAUGAAUCCGAUCCGGACCGGGAUAAGUCCUCUGACCCUGAGUCGGUUAUACACACCGCCAAGCGACGCCGUUCCUCAAAUGCCCAACAGGCUCACCACCUGGCUCACAAUUGUCCACUCUUCGAGGUUCUGCGGACUCGAGCCACCGAACGCAACCGAGUGCGAGAACUUCUUGAGCGAGUGAGUCAGGAUCUGCAAUCCAAUCUGAUGAAUCUGGUGCAGCCAGCAGAUGCCAAAAGCGCUCAACUAACCCUGCUUGACUCACUGAACUCAAUGACAGUCGAAAAGCAGCGAAUGGAGUCUAAAAUUCGCUACCUCGAGGUUUGUGGUCUGUAUUUUUAUUCAGUUUACUGCAAACUUUCAGUGCGUCAACCACCUUUCUAUUCAACCGUCUUAUCUUUGUUGGCUCAAUCUUUAUAA